AUGGCCACUGCACAGGCUCAGACAUACACUCCGACGAAGGUCGUCAGGAGUGACUACCCGCUCAUUGACAACGACCCCCACUUCAAGAGAGUCGUCGGCUACGCCAGGCCCUCCGACUAUGCUUACGGAGCCGCAGCUGCCGCUUUCGGGCCCGGCGCUCUCCUCGUCCUGGAGAAAUUCGCCCCUUCCCAUGUCGGCAAGGGAGGUCUGGCCCAGGCCAUGCGACUUGCCGGAGCCAUUGGCCUCGCUGGUGGAUUUUUCUACUUUUACCAGCGCUCAAGCUUGCGAUUUUACGGCGCCACCGAGAAUGCGAGAGAGGUCGAAAUGGAUAUGAGGGAGAUGGUUUCCAAGGUCAAGGCUGGUGAGCCCCUCUACGGAGAGAGCAGAUUGACCCCUCACAUGCAGGGUGUGGCUGCGCGACAAUCGAGAUACUCGGCUCUUUUCAUGGGUGUCAUCCCCUGGUUCAACUUCGUCAACCACAACCAGCACGGCGUCGACACCGCCAAGUACUACCAGCAGGCUGAGAGGGAGCUUGAGGCUGAUCGUUUGAAGAACAGCUCAUGA